GACGGCCGCCUGGAGGCGAAUGCGCGGAGGCAAAGGAAAAAAAAUCAUAUGGCUAUGAUUGCAUCUGCGACGCACACCGCGUUAUGUAUCCCGCGAGGUCGCUUUCGACUCGUGACUGCGACGAAUAAAGUGUGGAUCGAUCGUGGCCCGCUGAUUGUCCUUGAAGGAGACCAUCUCACCCAACACUCACGUCGCUUGUCGCAAAGAUGCGUGCGACCGUUUGCUUUAUCGCGCUGGUCCUAGCAUUGCUGGCCAGCGUCGUCAGCUCCAGAGCGGUAGACCAUGUUGCCCAUACCGCGCGGCGGCACUUUGGCAGAGCGGGCAGUCUACGAAAAGCCCUCGCCGAACGCCAAGAUGCAAAGAAAUCGAUCAUCUCGCCCAGCAACAGCUCUUCCGAAUUCUCCAAUACCAGACACGGCGCGGUGCACGGCAGCGCGAUGUUCAAGCUGAGCCCAAACAAGAAGCGCGAGGUGUUGAAAGGUCCAGGUGCAGGCAAGCAAUUCGUCACCAUCUUUGAUCAGGACGGCGAUGGUCUCGUCUCGUUGACCGAAUUGCAAUUCGGUCUAAACUUUGCUUGGCGUGACCAGCAAGAAGCAGACACCGCGCGCCGUGUCGUUGAUCUGCCGAGCCCAGAAGACGUCAUCAAGCACGGCGACACGGAUGGCGAUGGAGCGCUGAACAGUGACGAGGUCCAAUUCUUGCUUGACCAGACCAGACGAGCUAAAGACGGAACGCCGCGGGACUGCAGCGUGAUCGAGGAAAAGGUAGCAAAAUGCAAGUCUCGUCAUGUGCUUCGUUGCGGAGGCUACGUCAAUUUGGCGGAAAAUGCGUGCCACCUGGGCUACGGGCAGCAGCGGGUCGACUCUUGCAUUAUGAAUUCGUCGUGCGAGAAUGUUUGCGCAUGCAUCGACAAGGUCGCCAAGAGUGUGGGAGCCAAUGCCGAAGGCAACGUCACGUCUACGUCGUCAAUGUCGAAUUCCGCAGCUUCUACCGUAGGCGCAAGCGCAAUCGCUUCUACUGCCAUUUCUGAGAUAAUGAGCAGCUCGACCGCAUCAGCAACAGCCUCUAUUGCCACGGGCAACCAUUCCAUCUCGGAGACGCACCAGCACGAAAAACGACUACUUCUUCCCAUCUUCUUUGGCCUCGUCCUCGUUGAAAUCGGCGAGCUGCUGACGUUUGCGCUCGCAGAGAUUGUCCGCAGCGCGAAUGAACUCGUCGCGGCGGAUUCGGUAUCGCGCUUCCUAGACGUCAAAGUCUGGGACCCAGACUCCGGCAACCAACCUCCGAGCUGCGCAACCUACAUCUACUGGUCGCAAGGAUGCGGCGCCAUCGGCUCCGGUACUGCCAAAGGUUGCAAGCCCGACGGCGGUCGACUUUACGGCAAAUCGUGCGUCACCCACUUCAACAAGGGCUCCAAGGGAUGCGGCUUCCUGAAGCUCGGCUGCAAGUCUCUGUGUUUCGCCACGAAUACGGCAGGCUGUGGUUGCGACUUGUUCGACUAUGAAGAGUUCGACGAUAAGCAAUUUCCAAACCACGUGUACGCUUCGUACAAGGUGGAUCAAGUCAGCGAAUGCGCCAAAAAGUGCACUGCCGACUCCAGAUGCGUAGCGUUCGAGAUUCCGCCGCUGCAAAAAGAUAUCGACACUUGCUUGCUAAAGGAUGGCGGAGACGAUGCCAUCACGCUCAAAGGCGUCACCACCUUUGUCAAGAUCGGCUUGCGAAACGGCGGAGAAGAGGACUUUUGCGACAUCAAAGCCGAUCGCGGCUCCGACCUGCCCUUUGGCGAUGAUUGGGGCCCAGGUUCGCCCUUCAGCAAACGAAGCGACUUGUCCGAUCGCGACGCGUCCUCCUCCUCCUCCUCCGUCGAGCGAGCUCUCGACCCCGAAGGAAAGAAGCCGCAUGAUUUGGCAUUCACCUAUCUCGUUGUUCAAGCGCUCUGGGCAGCGUUGCAGCGAAUGUACGCCCGUGGUGAGAUGCGCGGCGACCCUUUUCUGCACUCGGAAGCCGACAACAUGUGGUCGACCAUCCAGACGCCGGAUGUGAGGCCGAUCGGCGAUCCCACCCUUCCGCGCAACAUCAACCGCGGUACGGCCGAGCCCAUCGCGAAUCGCAAUGGCGGACGUUGGAGCUACCACGAGAUCGUGCAGCGCAUCGUCAACGUGCAUCGACAGCUCAUCAACGCCGGAGGUGUGCAGCCAGUGCUGGACAGCAAUGCAGCUGGUUUCAACAACGUCUUUCCCGCUUCCCUGCGCAACAUUCUCAUCAACAAUGAAAACACUGUGAGGAAUGCGGUGAAUGGCCAAGGCAACACCAACUGGUACCACCAGCGCACGCUGGCCACAGGCAAGUCCAUCGACCCCGUGACGGGCAUCGUCGUGCCUUUCGACGCCAAUGUCAACUUUUUCCAACGCGGCUUCGUCGGUCCCCUCACCCUGGAAGCGGCAUUCAUUCUGGCCACGCAAUUGGCAGGCGUGGAUUACGCCAGGGUGCAAAGGAGCGCCAAACGGGCCAACUUGCAGCACCGCGGUCUGGGAGAGUUUAGCACCAGCUACAUCCUCGGCAGGGUGCAGAACGCCAGAGCACUGCCAGAGGAUGGCUGCAUCGGCGUGCCCAUCAACACGACGACGGAUCGCAAUUUGGGACGAGGGUCGAUGAAUCAACAAGUGCCCAACGAUGCGUACGCCGAUGCUGGAGUUCAGAUUGCCCUCGAGCUGUCUCCCGAUGAAGGCGAUGCGCAGCAAAAUGUCCUUCUCUUCGUAUCGCACUGGACCGAUCCCAGAAGCUACAUCCAAACCACGCGCGGCAAUCCGCUGGCCAAUCCGUCGUACGCUCAAUCGUACGAGUCGCAAAACAUUCCCUUAGCCCAGAGCGACCCGGCCACUGCGAACACCGCCGCGCGACCAGCGCGCAACACGCGAGCAUUGGCGCACGCCCACGUCGCCAUCCUAUCGCGAUCCGAGUGGCAAGCAUAUCGCAACAAUGGCGGCCUGCCACCUCGCUACGUCCAAGUCGGCAAUUUCCACUUCUACCUCAACCCCGAAGAUGCUCCUGGUCAGCUGAGGAACAACAAUCAGGGCGGCGGCGCCAACGAUGGUCGCGACGAGCUCAGAAGAUCCUGGGCAGAGGAGGAGGAGGAGGAGGAGGAGGAGGAGGAGGAGGAGGGCGGUGCGACGUGGAAGCAAGUGAAGGAGCAGGAGGAGUUCGACGACGGCUUGAAGCGAAGGGCACGCGCGUUCCCACCUCAACCGAAGCCGAGCGAUGGACAGGCGUUCGGCUUGGGCAAGCGCAUGCUGAGCAGGUUUGCCAGGUAUUCGCGUCCACAGUGGCCUGCCUUUUGGCGACAUUGGCAGCAGCGGGGCGGCGCAGCAGGCAGAGACGCAUCACCAGCCAUGCUUGGUCGCCGCGUGGAUCUGUGAUGUCGAGAUGGGCUGGACUGGGAUGUGCGAGUGCGAGUGCGAGUGCGAGUGCGAGUGGAUCAAGGG